AUGGAUCCACUGCCACCUCCCCGACAUAAUCCUUCACUCGGUGAUGAAGGAGAGGUUACCCCAAGGCCAGGCACUCCACAUCCGGGCAUAGGUUUCGAUUCCACAAGGGAAGAACCGACAGAGGAGGUAGAUGUUGCAAAUGAUCCAGACUUCCGUCCGGGGACCUAUAUACCGGUGAUUGUAGUUUUCCACCUCGAUCGAACACCCUCACUGCACGUGAGUGAGCUGAUGACACUAUUGCGCGCCCGCGCAGCUGUCGUGCAUGCGUGGCAUGUCGGGCAGCUAGCUACCUUGAUCGAGCAAGCCCGGAAUAACCUCCACGGGAUCAUCCUAGCGGACGGACGCCUCAUGGAUCCAGCCUAUGUGGACAUGUGGCUAUCGAUCUACCCGCUCAUCGGGGCUCGGAAGCAUGCCUGGCCGUUUAUCCUCUCCGGGAACUUUGUGUGGGGUGCCUUGCGUAAUCCCGAAGCCUUUGGGGUGAUGGUGGAGACCAUCUUUGGUGUGCCAUGGGCGAUCUCCAGCACCACCGCGGAACGCAUGCCUGUUGUGGUCCGAAACUGCUUUGGGGAGCAAUUCUACCACUACGCGGGGUGGCUGACGUGUGUCCCCAAGGAAGACCAGAUCGCCAUCCACGACGCUCGUAGCCCUGACAAUCCUCCGCAGACUACGCUCCUGUUGACCUCGCGUUUUACCAACACCUCAGUGGCCCUGCAUGCGGAGCAAAACGCUGAGACAGACAUGCCGAUGCCGAUAGUAGGCUGGAUUGGACUCGUCAACGAUGCGGUGGAGGAAUCCAAAUACAUUAUCCGGCUUUGCCAGCUCGAGUACGGAUUCAUGACCACUCCGCCUCGGUUCUUCCCGGACUAUACCGUCACCUUCGAGGUAAACCCUGAGGCUGUUUCCCCGGAACCUACUGAUAAUGGUUCUCCAGAACUUGAGGCUGUUGCUUCGGAACCUGCUGAUGAUGAUUCUCAUGAACCUUCAACAUAA